GAAAGCGGCAAUUGAACUUAAUCGAAAAAGUCAAAUGGUAUCGGAAGCUGUAGAAGAAGUUUUGAAUUUGGUCGAUAAAGCUUCUGAGAAGUUUAAAGAGAUGGCGGGAGAUGAUGUGGUAACCCUAUUUGAUGGUAACGAGUGCAAAAGAUCAGAGCUCUUUCGUAAAGGUGGUGAAAAUGAGGGAGCAGCUGGGGGAAAUGCUAGUUCCUGAGGUUCUGGUGGUGGAGCUGGUGGAGGAGGAACUCCAAAAUAAUGUUACAGAUCCUAAACUAAGUUAUUUUAUUUUCAGGACAUGGUUUGCAAUGCUGUUGUUGAAAUGCGACGCUACUAUAGUCGCAAAGUCAUUGAUGUUCUAAUCAAGGUGAUUCGAGCUGCACUGGAUACCAUAAGGAGGCGUUUUGUGUCCGACGAUGAUGAUCCAGUGCCUAAGAAGCCGAUAUUUCCUCUCGCCCAAUUACAAAUACCUAAUGUGGUUAUUAAACCAAAUUUAGAGGAGCUGCAGGAGAUUUUAAUAACGGCUGGUAAAACUAUUACCGGCAUAGCCAAGGGUGUGGCACAGUGGACAAGUGGCAAGGAGCAACCGCAAGUCUCACUGACACCACAACCCCGUGUUGGACGUAAUCACAAUACAAAACGUCGUAAGCUGUAUACUUUGGACUCGGUGCAAAAGCCCCAAAUGCCUCAUAUGCUGAAAUCCUUCUAUUCGGCCAUUAUGGAUAACAAGGAAGUGGCUAAGGCUUUUAAUUUACUUUCAAAUUGCACGAAGGGUAUUAAACCGGAAAUUCAAACCUAUAUCAAACGUUGGAAACCUUAUCAUUUUCUAUGGAAAAAUGAUCGCACCACACGACAACUAAUGGAAUUUGGUUUACAAGAAUUCGAAACGACUUUACGUUGUUUAGCCGAUUUAGAUGCGAAUUUGUUGAUUGAACCCGAUAUGGAAGUAUUCGGAAAUUGUUUGGCCGUCUAUAAUGAACGUUUGAAAUAUGGCCUAGCCAUAGAGAUAAAAUGUGAGUAUAAAAUAAAAGUAGAAAGUAAUUUCUGUGAAAAUCCUGGUUAUGCUGGACGCAAAGAGUUACCUGAAAAUUUGAAAAUACAAUUUCGUACUGUCGCCAUGAUGGUACCGGAUCGUCAAAUUAUUAUUCGUGUGAAAUUAGCUUCCUGCGGAUUUUUGGAGAAUAUUACAUUGGCCCGAAAAUUUUAUACGCUCUACAAAUUGUGUGAAGAACAGUUAACGAAACAGGUGCAUUAUGAUUUUGGAUUAAGGAAUAUUCUAUCAGUGCUGAGGACAUUGGGUGCGGCAAAGCGAAGGAACUCAAAGGAUAGCGAGAGUACGAUUGUGAUGCGAGUCCUACGCGAUAUGAAUCUCUCAAAGUUAAUAGAUGAUGAUGAACCGUUGUUUAUAUCGCUGGUAUCGGAUUUGUUUCCCAAUCAGACCCUCGAGAAAACCAAUUACCCCGAACUGGAGGCUGCCAUUGCCCAACAAACGGAAGAAGCAAAUUUGGUUUACCAUCCUCCGUGGGUUCUUAAGCUAAUACAACUCUACGAAACCCAAAAUGUCCGUCAUGGCAUUAUGACCCUGGGUCCUAGUGGUGCUGGUAAGACCACCUGCAUACACACCCUAAUGAAGGCGCUUACCCAAAUGGGUGAUGUCCAUCGUGAGAUGCGUAUGAAUCCGAAGGCCAUAACAGCGGCCCAGAUGUUUGGUCGUUUAGAUGUGGCCACAAAUGAUUGGACUGAUGGUAUUUUCUCUGCACUGUGGCGUAAAACUUUAAAAUUGAAAAGUGGUGAAUAUGUAUGGCUGGUGUUGGAUGGACCUGUCGAUAGUAUUUGGAUUGAGAAUUUAAAUUCGGUAUUGGAUGAUAAUAAGACUCUGACAUUGGCCAAUGGUGACCGUUUGACCAUGGCACCGACAGUUAAAAUUAUUUUCGAACCCCAUAAUAUAGAUAAUGCCUCGCCGGCGACUGUGUCGCGGAACGGUAUGGUUUAUAUGAGUUCGUCGGGUUUGGAUUCAAGGCCAAUCGUCCAAGCUUGGUUGAAGAACAGAGCUCCCGGUGAAAAGACUGUCUUUUGGGAUUUGUUCGAACGUACAUUUGUCCAAUUGAUUAAUUGGGGUACCCAAAAUCUAAAAUUGCUUAUGCCGGUAUUACAAUGCAAUGUUGUGCGGCAAAUGCUCUUGAUAUUGGAAGGCCUGGUCCCAGUCAAGAAGGAGGACGAACAAGCUGUCAGCCUGUGUAGCAAAGAUAGUCAGGAUGAAGAAGCUGCUGAAGAACCCGCUGUCGAAGAAAAAGAAGACACCUGUACACCGGAACAUUUACAUCGUCUCUACAUCUUUGCUUUAGCCUGGGGUUUAGGCGCCUAUCUGAGUGCAUCGGAUCGUAUCAAAAUGAACAAUUACGUGAAACAAUCAUUUCCCGAUUUGGACUAUGCGAAGGGUACAGCUAAUGAGAAUACGAUUUUUGAUUUCUUUGUAUCGCCAGCCGGCACUUGGCAAUCCUGGAAGACUUUGGUGACACCCUAUAUGUAUCCGGAGGUUUCCACACCCGAUUAUUUGAGUAUACUUGUGCCGAUUGUCGAUAAUGUACGAAUGGAUUAUCUCAUUGGAACGAUAGCCAAUCAGGAGAAGGCCGUAAUGCUGAUUGGUGAACAGGGCACAGGCAAGACGGUGAUCAUGAAGAAUUUCAUGCGUAAAAUGAAUGUGGAAACCUAUAUGGGAAGAUCGUUUAAUUUCUCAUCGGCCACAAGUCCCUACCAGUUUCAGAGGACUAUUGAAAGUUAUGUUGAGAAGCGUGUGGGUGUUACAUUCGGUCCACCAGGAGGUCGAAAAUUGAUUGUAUUCAUCGAUGAUAUUAAUCUGCCGGAAAUCAAUGAAUGGGGCGAUCAGGUCACCAAUGAAAUUGUACGACAAUCGAUGGAUAUGAAGGGCUUUUAUAGUCUGGAGAAACCGGGCGACUUCACCACAAUUGUGGAUGUUCAGUAUGUGGCUGCCAUGGGUUUACCAGGCGGUGGUCGCAAUGAUAUACCUUCACGUUUGAAGCGACAAUUUUGUGUGUUCAAUUGCAAUAUACCCGAUAAUGAUUCAAUUGAUAAGAUAUUCCGGGUAAUUGGCGAGGGCCAUUACAACACGAAGCGAUGUUUCAUACCCGAAGUACGGAAUUUGGUGAAGAAAUUGAUUGUUGUCACGAGAUAUCUGUGGCAAAGGACUCGUGAGAAGCUGUUACCAACACCAGCUAAAUUUCAUUACGUUUUCAGUUUGCGUGACCUAUCACGUAUCUGGCAGGGCAUGGUGGGUACCUUACCUACCGUUAUCACCUCAGAAAGUGUUCUCAUGUCGCUGUGGAAACACGAAUGCAUUCGUGUCUUUGCUGAUCGUUUUACCAACAUUCCCGACAAGGAGUGGUUCGGUUCGGAAUUGGCUUGUCUGGUGCGCUCGGAAUUAGGCGAGAAUUAUGUGCAAAUGAUCGUGCCGAAUCCGGUGUUCGUGGACUUUAUGCGUGAUGCACCUGAACCUACAGGCGAAGAGGGCGAAGAUGCCGACAUGGAAUUGCCCAAAGUCUACGAGCCGGUGACCUCUCACGAAGUGCUCCGUGAGCGUCUGGUUAUGUUCCUUGCUCAGUUCAAUGAAAUGGUGCGAGGUUCUGGGAUGGACUUGGUCUUCUUUCCGGAUGCAAUGCUGCAUUUGGUAAAGAUUUCCCGUAUAAUACGGCAUCCUCGCGGCAAUGUCAUGCUGGUCGGGGUGGGUGGCUCCGGCAAACAAUCGCUUACGAAAUUGGCAUCAUUUAUAGCCGGCUAUAAGACAUUUCAAAUUGCCCUAACGCGUUCGUAUAAUGUGGCCAACUUUUUGGAAGAUCUCAAGUUACUGUAUCGGACAUGUGGUGUCCAGGGUAAAGGCACCACAUUCCUCUUCACCGAUAUGGACAUUAAAGAGGAGGGAUUCCUUGAGUAUUUAAAUAACAUAUUGUCGUCGGGCGUGAUUUCCAAUCUCUUCUCGCGCGAUGAACAGGCAGAAAUCGUACAGGAACUCACACCGAUAAUGAAACGUGAGAAUCAGCGAAAAACCGCCACCCCGGAAAGUGUGAUGGAAUUCUUUUUGGCUCGGACAUGUGCCAACCUGCAUGUGGCCUUUUGUUUCUCGCCCGUGGGAGAGACGUUCCGAUCGAGGGUGCAACGUUUUCCCGCCCUGGUAUCGGGCUGCACUAUCGAUUGGUUCCAACCGUGGCCAAAGGAUGCCCUUGUCUCCGUGUCACGACACUUUCUGAGUGACUUUGAGAUAGAGUGUACACCGGAAGUGAAGGAGGAGUUGGUGAAUGCUUUGGGCUCAAUACAGGAUGUGGUGUCGGAAACAUCGCAGGAAUACUUCCAACGUUUUAGACGUGCAACACACGUCACACCGAAGUCGUAUUUGAAUUUCAUAGCGGGCUAUAAGAAUAUCUAUCAGCAGAAGCAAAAGGAAUUGGGAGAUGGUGUGGAGAAAAUGGACACUGGUUUGGAGAAGCUAAAGGAAGCCUCAGCAUCGGUGGAAAUAUUGAAAAAAGAUUUGGUGGUUAUGGAAGAGGAGUUGGUUGAAGCUUCGAAGAAAGCAGAAUCCGUUUUGGUGGAGGUUACCGAGAGGGCCAUGCAAGCAGAAAUUGUGAAGAAUCAGGUAUUGAUUGUCAAGGAUAAGGCCGAGGCUUUAGUUGCCUGUAUUGCCGAGGAAAAAGCCUUAGCCGAAGAGAAGUUGGAAGCAGCCAAACCAGCGUUGGAGGAAGCUGAAAAUGCCUUGAAUACCAUAAAACCUGCUCACAUUGCUACUGUACGUAAAUUGGGACGUCCUCCCCACUUGAUUAUGCGUAUCAUGGAUUGUGUAUUGAUCCUGUUCAAACGAAAACUGCAUCCUUGCAUACCAGACUCGGGGACACCAUGUCCCAAACCAUCUUGGCAGGAAUCUCUUAAGAUGAUGGCCAGUGCCACAUUCCUGUUGCAAUUACAAAACUAUCCUAAGGAUACCAUAAAUGAUGAAAUGAUUGAUUUAUUACAACCAUAUUUCCGCAUGGAAGACUAUAACAUGGAUAUGGCACGUCGGGUGUGCGGUGACGUUGCCGGUUUGCUGUCCUGGACCAAAGCUAUGGGUUUCUUUCAUAGUGUCAAUAAAGAAGUUUUGCCGUUAAAGGCCAAUUUGACAUUGCAGGAGGCCAGAUUGAAGCUUGCCAUGGAUGAUUUAGCUGCUGCCGAGGAUCAGCUGCGUGAACGUGAAGAUGCAUUACAAGCCGUGAAGAACUUAUAUGACAAUGCUGUGGGUGAAAAGCAACGUUUGACAGAUGCUGCCAAUGCUUGUUUGCGGAAAAUGACAGCUGCAACAGCUUUGAUCAAUGGUCUGUCCGAUGAAAAAAUACGUUGGACUAAUCAAUCGAAAGAAUUUAAAAUACAAUUAGGAAAAUUGGUGGGAGAUGUACUUCUUGCCACCGGAUUCCUUUCCUAUUGUGGUCCCUAUAAUCAAGAGUUUCGGGCAAACUUAAUACGAACUUGGAUGAGUAUUUUAAAGCAGAAGGCAAUACCCUUUACCACGGGUUUGAAUAUUAUUAGUAUGUUGGUGGAUUCCUCCACGGUGUCUGAAUGGAAUUUGCAAGGUUUACCCAAUGAUGAGUUGUCGGUACAAAAUGCCUUGAUUGCCACCAAAUCCAGCAGCUACCCAAUGUUAAUUGAUCCUCAGGCCCAGGGUAAAAUAUGGAUUAAGUCGAAGGAGGAACAACAUGAGCUGCAGAUAACUUCUUUAAAUCAUAAAUAUUUCCGUACUCAUUUAGAGGAUGCCUUAUCUUUGGGUCGUCCUUUGUUAAUUGAAGAUGUGGGUAUCGAAUUGGAUCCGGUGCUGGAUAAUGUGCUGGAGAAAAACUUUAUAAAAUCGGGUAGUAUUGAAAAGGUGUUGGUGGGUGAUAAAGAAUGUGAUGUAAUGCCCGGGUUUAUGCUUUACAUUACCACCAAGUUGCCCAAUCCCGCUUUUAGCCCUGAAGUAAGCGCUAAGACAUCGAUUAUUGAUUUUACGGUAACAAUGCGCGGUUUGGAAGAUCAACUCUUGGGCAGAGUGAUUCUAAUGGAAAAAUCUGAUUUAGAAGCUGAACGUGUAUCGCUCUUCGAAACCGUCAUGCAAAAUCAACGUAACAUGAAGGAGUUGGAAGCAAAUCUUUUAUAUCGCUUGAGUUCCUCCCAGGGCUCUUUGGUGGAUGAUGAAGAUCUAAUUGAAGUUUUACGUGUUACCAAAACCACAGCAGAGGAAGUGAACGAAAAACUGAAAAUUGCCGAGGUAACCGAGCGGAAAAUUAUGAAAGCCCGUGAAGAGUUUCGUGCUGUGGCAGCUCGUGGUUCCAUCUUAUAUUUCCUUAUUGUGGAAAUGAGCAAUGUCAAUGUGAUGUAUCAAAAUUCUUUGAAACAAUUUUUGGUCAUUUUCAAUAAUUCAAUUACUAAAUCAACCAAAUCAAAUGUUACUGAAGAGCGUAUAAAUAUUAUUUUGCGUUAUUUAACCUAUGAGGUUUAUAAGUUUACUAAUCGCAGUCUUUACGAACGGCAUAAGCAGCUGUUCACUCUAAUGUUGGCCAUUAAAAUUGAUUAUCACAAUGGUAAUAUAACGCAUGAGGAAUUUAUGGCCUUUAUCAAAGGUGGUGCGUCGUUGGAUUUGAAUGCUGUACAACCGAAACCUUUUCGUUGGAUUUUGGAUAUAACAUGGUUGAAUUUGGUGGAGAUUAGUAAGCUGGAUACGUUCGUAAAUGUUUUGGAAUUGAUCGAAUUGAACGAACGAGAGUGGCGCAUUUGGUAUGAAUCGGAGAAACCGGAAAAUGAAGAAAUACCCUGUGGCUAUCAAUCAUCAUUGGAUAGUUUCCGUAAGCUGUUGCUCAUUAGAUCCUGGUGUCCGGAUCGUACAAUAUCACAGGCUAAGAAAUACAUUGAAGAAUCAUUGGGUCCAGAGUACAGUGAAAUGCAAAUAUUGGAUUUAGAAUUGACAUGGUCGGAGUCAGAGCCAAGGACACCAUUUGUCUGUCUACUCUCCAUAGGAUCAGAUCCAACAACGCAAAUUUCCGCAUUGGCUAAACAAAAGGAGAUACCCCUCAAAGCCGUUUCAAUGGGCCAAGGUCAAGAGUUUCAUGCUCGUAAAAUGAUAAUGGAUUCUAUGGCCGGUGGUGGUUGGGUCUUGCUGCAAAAUGUCCAUCUCUCAUUGCCGUUUUGUACGGAAAUUAUUGAUAUGCUGGUGGAAACAGAACAUGUUGAUGAAUCCUUCCGUUUAUGGGUUACCACUGAGCCACAUAAUGAAUUCCCUAUUGGUCUGCUACAAAUGGCAAUUAAGUUCACCAAUGAGCCUCCUCAAGGCAUACGUGCAAGUUUAAAGAGAAGUUAUCAGUCCUUCACUCAAGAUUUCCUUGAUUAUACAUCAGCCCCACAAUGGCCACCACUUUUGUAUACGGUGGCCUUUUUACACACCAUCGUUCAGGAACGGCGUAAAUUCGGCCCGCUUGGUUGGAACAUACCCUAUGAAUUUAAUGCAGCCGAUUUUGCUGCCAGUGUACAAUUCGUACAAAAUCACUUGGAUGAAAUGGAUCCAAAGAAGGGUGUCUCCUGGCAAACACUUGUCUAUAUGAUUGGUGAGGUACAGUAUGGUGGUCGUGUUACCGAUGACUUUGAUAAACGCCUGUUGACCACCUUUACAUCGGUGUGGUUCUGUGAAGCACUGCUGAAUCCAUCGUUUGAAUUUUAUAAAGGCUAUAAAGUGCCGAACACGAAAAGCUUGCAAGGAUUCAUUGAUGCUAUCAGCAAUUUGCCUGCCAACGAUACACCAGAGGUAUUUGGUUUGCAUUCCAAUGCCGACAUCACGUACCAAAUUAAUUCGGCUAAAGGUAUUCUCGAUACCAUUCUCAGUGUACAACCCAAGGAAGGUGGUGGCGGUGGUGGUGAAACACGUGAAAGUAUUGUCUAUCAAUUGGCCGAUGAUAUGCUGAGGAAAUUACCACCUCAGUACAAUGACUAUGAGGUGCGUGAGAAUCUUGUUCGUAUGGGUAUCCUAUUGCCGAUGAACAUAUUCUUAAGGCAAGAAAUCGAUCGCAUGCAAAGGGUAAUAAAGCGUGUCUACUCAUGUCUUUGUGAUUUGAAGCUGGCUAUUGAUGGAACCAUUAUUAUGAGUCCAGCUUUAAAGGACUCUCUGGAUGCAAUGUAUGAUGCACGCAUACCAGAAUCGUGGAUGAAGAUAUCCUGGGAGUCAACAACUUUGGGCUUUUGGUAUACCGAACUACUGGAGCGUAAUGCACAAUUCCGUACCUGGAUAUCAACGGAUCGUCCAAAGGUCUUUUGGAUGACAGGCUUCUUCAAUCCACAAGGAUUUCUGACAGCAAUGCGUCAG